GAGAGCAGCCAUUGCUGUGUCUGGCAGCAGGAAUACACAGUAGUGAAGAAGACGCCCAGCUAUCCCCACGUGUCAGGAGGACAUAGGAGGACCCAGAGCCCCAUCCCGGUGCCUCCACCUCACUCACUGAUACAUGAGGGAGACAAUGACCAGAAGAUCCUGGAACUCACCAACAAGAUCAUUCAGCUGCUGACUGGAGAGGAGGGGGAGUAUAUAGAGGAACACAGGGGUCUGUACAAGGACUUGAUGAUGGAGAAUCACCGGCCCCUCACAUCACUGGAUGGGCCCAGUAACAGAGAUACCCCAGAGAGAUGUCUCCGUCCUCUGUAUUCCCAGGAUUGUACAGAGGAGAAUCACAGGACCCCACAGGAGGAUCAGGUAGAACGUCUAUCUGAUAUUAAAACAGAAGAUAUAGAGGGAGAAGAAGAGACGUAUGUGACUGAUAUGAAGACAGAAGAUAUAGAGGGAGAAGAAGAGACGUAUGUGACUGAUAUAAAGGCAGAAGAUACAGAGGGAGAAGAAGAGACGUAUGUGACUGAUAUAAAGGCAGAAGAUACAGAGGGAGAAGAAGAGACGUAUGUGACUGAUAUAAAGGCAGAAGAUAUAGAGGAAGAAGAAGAGACGUAUGUGACUGAUAUAAAGGCAGAAGAUAUGGAGGGAGAAGAAGAGACGUAUGUAACUGAUAUAAAGGCAGAAGAUGUAGAGGGAGAAGAAGAGACGUAUGUGACUGAUAUAAAGGCAGAAGAUAUAGAGGGAGAAGAAGAGACGUAUGUGACUGAUAUAAAGGCAGAAGAUAUAGAGGAAGAAGAAGAGACGUAUGUGACUGAUAUAAAGGCAGAAGAUAUAGAGGGAGAAGAAGAGACGUAUGUGACUGAUAUAAAGGCAGAAGAUAUAGAGGGAGAAGAAGAGACGUAUGUGACUGUUAUAAAGGCAGAAGAUAUAGAAGGAGAAGAAGAGACGGAUGUGACUGAUAUAAAGGUAGAAGAUAUAGAGGGAGAAGAAGCGAAGUAUGUGACUGAUAUGAAGGCAGAAGAUAUAGAGGGAGAAGAAGAGACGUAUGUGAGGGGUGAUCAGCAGUGUAAGGAGGAGGAGAUCCCUACAGAUAUCGGCACAGCAGAUGGACACACAAGCAGGAAUAUCUCAGAAGGUCAUCUAAUGUUAUCCCUGGAUUGUGACAUAACAGAUAAUGACAGUAGACAGGAUUCUCCAGGAGAUAACCCCAUUACCCCAAUUAUUCAUCCAGCUCUAUCAGCUGAUCCCUCUGAUCCUGGGAAAUGUUCUCCUGAUCACUCUGAUAUUGGUGCAUCUGUUACAGCUCUGACAGUAGAUACAGUGUUUCCCUGUUCUAUAGAUGCCAAAUGUUUUACACAGAACACAAAGCUUAUCACCCAUCAGGCAGCUAAGGCAGGUGAGAAGCCAUUUCCAUGUUCUGAAUGUGGGAAAUGUUUUACACAGAAAUCAUAUCUUGUUAAACAUCAGAAAAGUCACACAGGUGAGAAGCCAUUUUCUUGCUCUGAGUGCGGGAAAUGUGUUACACGAAAAUCACAACUUGUUGCACAUCUUAAAAGACACACAGGUGAGAGGCCAUUUCCAUGUUCUGAGUGUGGGAAAUCUUUUAUACAGAAAUCACAUCUUGUUAAACAUCAGCGAAGUCACACAGGUGAGAAUACAUUUCCAUGUUCUGAGUGUGGGAAAUGUUUUACACCCAAAUCGUGUCUUAUUAUACAUCAGAGAAGUCACACAGGUGAGAAGCCAUUUUCUUGCUCUGAGUGUGGGAAAUGUUUUACACGGAAAUCAAAUCUUGUUAAACAUCAGCAAAGUCACACAGGUGAGAAUACAUUUCCAUGUUCUGAGUGUGGGAAAUGUUUUACACAUAAAUCAUAUCUUAUUGAACAUCAGAGAAGUCACACAGGUGAGAGGCCAUUCCCAUGUUCUGAGUGUGUAAAAUGUUUUGGACACAAAGCAGAUCUUAUUAAACAUCAAAGAAGUCACACAGGUGAGAAGCCAUUUUCUUGCUCUGAGUGCGGGAAAUGUGUUACACGAAAAUCACAACUUGUUGCACAUCUUAAAAGACACACAGGUGAGAGGCCAUUUUCAUGUUCUGAGUGUGGGAAAUCUUUUAUACAGAAAUCACAUCUUGUUAAACAUCAGCGAAGUCACACAGGUGAGAAUACAUUUCCAUGUUCUGAGUGUGGGAAAUGUUUUACACCCAAAUCGUGUCUUAUUAUACAUCAGAGAAGUCACACAGGUGAGAAGCCAUUUUCUUGCUCUGAGUGUGGGAAAUGUUUUACACGGAAAUCAAAUCUUGUUAAACAUCAGCAAAGUCACACAGGUGAGAAUACAUUUCCAUGUUCUGAGUGUGGGAAAUGUUUUACACAUAAAUCAUAUCUUAUUGAACAUCAGAGAAGUCACACAGGUGAGAGGCCAUUCCCAUGUUCUGAGUGUGUAAAAUGUUUUGGACACAAAGCAGAUCUUAUUAAACAUCAGAGAAGUCACACAGGUGAGAAGCCAUUUUCUUGCUCUGAGUGCGGGAAAUGUGUUACACGAAAAUCACAACUUGUUGCACAUCUUAAAAGACACACAGGUGAGAGGCCAUUUCCAUGUUCAGAGUGUGGGAAAUCUUUUAUACAGAAAUCCCAUCUUGUUAAACAUCAGCGAAGUCACACAGGUGAGAAUACAUUUCCAUGUUCUGAGUGUGGGAAAUGUUUUACACCCAAAUCGUAUCUUGUUAUACAUCAGAGAAGUCACACAGGUGAGAAGCCAUUUCCAUGUUCUGAGUGUGGGAAAUGUUUUACACAGAAAUCGCAUCUUUUUAGACAUCAGAAAAGUCACAGGAGAGAAUCCAUUUUUUUGCUCUGAGUGCAGGAAAUGUUUUACACAUAAAUCACAUCUUGUUAAACAUCAGCAAAGUCACACAGGUGAGAAUACAUUUCCAUGUUCUGAGUGUGGGAAAUGUUUUGCACAUAAAUCAUAUCUUAUUAAACAUCAGAGAAGUCACACAGGUGAGAAGCAAUUUCUAUGUUCUGAGUGUGGGAAAUGUUUUAAACAGAAAUCACAUCUGGUUAGAUAUCAGAAAAGUCACACAUGUGAGAAUCCAUUUUCUUGCUCUGAGUGCGGGAAAUGUUUUACACGGAAAUCAUAUCUUGUUAUACAUCAGCGAACUCACACAGGUGAGAAUCCAUUUCCAUGUUCUGAGUGUGGAAAAUGUUUUGGACACAAAUCAGAUCUUAUUAAACAUUAUAGAAGUCACACAGGUGAGAAGCCAUUUUCUUGCUCUUAGUGGGAAAUGGUGUUUAAGUAAAUCACAUCUUGUUAUACAUCAGAGAAGUCACACAGAUGAGAGGCCAUUUCCAUACUCUGAGAAGUAAAUCAGCUCUUGUUGCACACAAUAGACAUCACUCAGGUGAGGAACCAUUUUAAUCUUCUGGAGUAUACUUAUCAUUGCCCUGUGUUGUUCUUCAAGGUUCUUAUCCUAUCUCCUAUGCUUUUUGCAAUAUACAUGCUACCGCAGGGUGAAAUAAUCAGAUGUCAUGCCCUCAUCUACUACUGCUAUACAGAUGACCUGUCUUUUGCUCCGGGUACUGAGAACCCAGUACCAAUCCUAAAUGGUUGUCUAGUUGAGCUCCAGGUAUGGGUGAUGCCAGUUGACUGUGACUCAGUCCUGGUGAAACAUGUACAUAUGAUAGAAGCUCACCGUCAAAAGGCAGGGCUACAACUCAGCUUUGCAAACCAAUGCUUGGGGGUUCAGAGUUACAAAAUGCUGAUCCUGUGUGGAAUCUUGGUGUCCUGGAUUGUGGAGUGACACUUAGAUAUCAGGUAUCAGCCACAAUCAGAUCCUCAUCCGAAGAACAUAGCCAGACUCCAGCACUUAUUUCCCUCAGAAGAUCUACCUACAGUCAUACAUGUACUUGUAUCAUCACGCAUAGACUACUGCAAUGUCCUCUACCUGGGUCUCCCAGCAAAAUAAUUGCACCGUUUGUGGCUUGUACUGAAUGUAGCAGCCAGGCUGUUACCUAACCAGCCCGUUCCUGCCACAUAACACCCAUUCUCUGCUCCCUUCACCGGCUGCCUGUAAGAUGGUGACUCUAUUACAUAAUCUUACUGACUCAGCCCACCAUGACCAGGGUCCAUGGUACCAGAAGCAGCUUCUGCCUCUUUACUGCCCUGCUUUCUAACUUCCACCUGCAGAUGUAGGACUUAACGGUACUACCAAGAAUCCCCAAGCAGUGCUGAGAUGUCAGGGGGGAGACAGGGUGGGUGGCAGUAGUGGGGAGGGGAGACAGGGCGUGCGACAGUUCGCAGCCACCAGGAGAA